CUGCCAAGUGCGCUUAGAUGGGAAUAUGGCUGCCAUCUGUCCAUGAGAGACACUCCAGCUCUCUCUGCUCCACCUGAGGAGAAGAUCGACCCGCUGAUGAUAAUAUCAUCUAUAAAUGAUAAGGCUGCAGAGUUAAUGCCGUUCCGGGCUCUUCCAUCGUCUCCCCGUCCUUUGCCUCGGGCCAUCAGGAUAUCUAUGGAACUUUACAGUCCCAACAUGAGCAAGAGCGGGGCCUCUGUGGUCCAGGUCAAGCAGGUGUCCUGCCACGGUGUCCCUCCUGGUUGCCUGCAGGCCGGCGGACACCACGCGCGCAGCGUCCCCCACUUCCCUUACAAAUCGUGGGCCAGUGAUCCAGCUCACGCACUGACCUCCGGCCUUACCCCGGCCGUACGUCACAGGGUCAGCGGCGGCGUGCCGGGGGCCUGCAGCAGCCCGGAGUGCCUGGCCUCCAGGCUGGGCGAGGAGGCAGCAGUGGCCCACGGAGUCUCUGAGGGGAAGGUGUUGGUGACAGGAGGAGGUGGAUACUUUGGCUUCAGACUGGGAAGAGAACUGGCCAGAGAGGGGCUGUCGGUCAUCCUUCUGGACAUGAUCAAACCAUCAUGCGAUAUUCCCGAUGGAGCAGUCUUCUAUCAGAGCGACAUCCGGGACUAUUCUUCCCUCUAUAAAGUGUGUGAAGAGGUCGGCUGCGUAUUCCACACAGCAGCUUAUGGCAUGUCAGGACCAGAACAGCUGAGGAAGGAGCAGGUAGAGUCAGUUAAUGUUGGAGGGACCACUAAUGUCAUUAAUGUUUGUAAGGAGAGGAGCAUCCCCAGACUGGUGUACACCAGUACCAUUAACGUGGUAUUUGCAGGGAAACCAAUUGAGGAUGGGGAUGAGGCUUCAGUGCCAUAUGUGCCCAGUGAUCUGCAUAUUGACCACUACUCUCGGACUAAAGCUGUUGCAGAGCAGAUGGUCCUCUCAGCCAAUGGAUCUUCCCUGAAAGGUGGAGGUGUGCUGCGGACAUGUGUCCUGCGGCCGUGUGGUAUCUAUGGACCGCAGGAGAGGAGACAUCUUCACAGAGUGAUGAUGAACAUUGAGCGUCGGCUGUUCAGCUUCAGAUUUGGUGACACCGGGGCCAGGAUGAACUGGGUACACGUGGAUAACCUGGUGAUGGCCCACAGGCUGGCGGCCGAGGCGCUCACACUGAGGAGGAACUGUGUCGCUAGCGGACAGGCCUAUUUUAUUAAUGACGGGGUUUCAGUCAAUCUCUUUGAGUGGCUGACACCUUUGUUUGAAAAGCUUGGCUACAGCAGACCACUGAUGAAUCUGCCUGUUCCACUGGUCUAUACAGCAGCCAUCAUGGUGGAAUAUAUACAUGUUAUUCUGAGACCAGUGAUAAAAAUCCCCCUCCUUUUCACCAGAAGUGAGGUCAGGAACAUCACAGUGAACCACACUUUCAAAAUUGACAAAGCUUGUCGAGAGCUGGGUUACAACCCUGAGUCCUACAGCCUGACGGACUGCGUGGAUCAGUACCUGAAGAGCCGGCAGCAAUGCUCCAGCUCAGCCCUGUUCAACAUGUCAUCCAUCCCCCAGCUGCCCCAGAGCCUCGUCCUGCUGCUGCUGCUGGGUCUCAGCCUGAUGCUAGUGAUGUGGACCUGCUUACUCUGUUGGAAUUAAACUAUUGAUACUAUUACAGACAUAGGUCUGGACUAUAAAUGAUCUCAAGCUGUGUCUCUUCAAACCAAACACCAAAUCUUUUUUGUCAGGGAUGGAAAAGUUUUUCAGAGAUGUGGAAAAUGUGUCACAACUCACCAGAUGCAAUAAAUCAUAUCUUAAAAAUAACUCUCAACAAUGUCAACAGGCAUUAUAUCUCUGUGUCAACCUCCAAAGAUAAUUAUUUGCAUUGAUCUAUUUGUAAGAAUUGGCAUCGUAAGCAGUGGUUGUAUAUAGAAUUCCUCUUCUCCAUUUUGAAAUUAUGUAUGCCUUAUUUUAAAUUCAUAGAGCA